GGCAGGCGGCUGCCCGGGGCGAUCCGCGGCGGGCAGGAAGGAGAACGGGGCGGGGGAGAGGCGGCAGCGCGGCUCCGGGCCCGGCAAGGACUCCCCAAGGGCAUCCGCGGUCCCCGGGGAAGGAGACCCGUCGCCGCCAUGGCUUCCUCCUCCAAACCCCUGUCCCGGUUUUGGGAGUGGGGCAGGAAUAUCGUUUGUGUGGGGCGCAACUACGCUGAGCACGCCAAGGAGAUGGGGAGCGCGCUGCCCCAGGAGCCCCUCUUCUUCCUCAAGCCUUCCUCGGCCUACGUGCGCGAAGGCUCGCCCAUCCUCCGGCCCUACUACUGCAACAACCUGCACCACGAAGUGGAGCUGGGGGUGGUGAUGGGGAGCAGAGCCCAGGCCGUGUCCCAGGAAGCAGCCAUGGAGCACGUGGCAGGUUAUGCCCUGUGCUUGGACAUGACAGCACGGGACACGCAGGAGCAGUGCAAAAAGAAGGGUCUGCCCUGGACCUUGGCCAAGGGCUUCGGUUCGUCGUGCCCAGUCAGUGACUUUGUGCCCAAGGAGAAGAUCCCAGACCCUCACAAGCUGAAGAUCUGGCUCAAGGUGAACGGUGAGCUGAGGCAGGAGGGGGAGACCUCCUCGAUGAUCUUCUCAAUCCCUUACCUGAUCAGCUACAUCAGUGAGAUCUUCCCACUGGAAGAAGGGGACUUGAUCUUGACGGGGUCUCCCAAAGGAGUUGGGUCUGUGCAGGCCGAUGAUGAGAUAGAGGCCGGGAUAAGAGAUGUCCUCUCCAUGCGGUUUAAGGUGGCGCAGCAGAUGCGUGGAUCCUAACUGGGAUCCAGUCUGGGACUCUUGUCUGUGUAGGAGGAGGCGCUUUUGGGAACAUCUGUGAAGGAAGAGGCACACAAGCUGUCCUGUACAUUAAACACACCCAAGCGUUGAAUGGACUGUCAAAGACACAUAACCCAUGAGCUUGAAAGGCAUUUGACUAAAACAGCCCCGUUUCCAUGGAGGCUGAAGCCUCCGCUGAGGCUGUGAACCUGGAGACAACCCAGCUCAGGGCAGACGGUUAACACCAAAACAGUACCUUGGAAGUGUUGAUGGAGACAGCGUGGCGGGGAGCUGGGCUGACUGUCACUGUGCGUGCUCCUCUAUUCUGCUGAUGCUUUGAACUUUGCCAGUGUAUUGCCUUAAAAUAAAAAUUAGAAAAUAAACAGUGAUUGUAGGAGCUAAAGCUCACCCAUGCUAUGUAAAAUCAAAGAUGUAUGUGUAACAGUAAAUCAAGAAUUACAGCUUCAGAAAAAAAUUUCUCUCCUUGGGGUAUUCUACAAUAAAAAGAUGUUUGCUUUUUAGAUUA